AAAUUCGGGUCUCGAGAGGGGUUACUGGUUUACCUGGAAGGAGGGGCUGAUCCGGACUUUUGAAAAGCGUAGCCAUUUGUGGUGAAUCAACCACUGAAGGUCACAGGAGAGAGAUCAUAUAAUAACUCUUCGUAAUUCCCGGACAGUUUACCUUCCACGAGUAAAUGUUUCAGUUGUUGUGUGCGUACGUCGUGCGUCACGCAAUAGAAGUCACGCAUUCGUUUUGUUGAUGACGUUCAUAGGCGCGCGUAAUAAGUUGCGCCAUAUGAAUCCGACAAUGGCGGCAUUGAAUCUUCCUGAGAGUGAAGGUUCUCCCGAAGAAAUAUCGGAAAAACGACCGAAGUUAUUGACUAGAGUGAAGGCAGUGGUUUUUAAGAAUUUUUUGUCUAUAAGCUUAGUCUUUUUCGUAGCUUUAGGAAUUUUGGUUCCAGAACCCGGCGUCUUCUUCAGCGAACUACCGACCCACUAUGUCUGUGUCGUUGGAAUCUUUCUUCACAGUGGAAUCAAACUUAAAACAGGAGAAGUGAAAGACGCUUUUAAAGCGUUCAAGGCUAUGAUCUGGGGUGUUAUUUGUAUUUUGUUGAUUACGCCGAUUAUUGGCGGACAUUUAACUGGAUUGUUGCCAUACACUGUCACAAAGGGUCAUGCCACGACAAACGGCGUUGAAAUAAAUGGAAGUUCCCCGUCCACUGGAGGACACUCAGAGGGUAGUUCAGUACUUGGUCCAGUUUUUUUUCAAAUAGGAAUGCAGAUUUAUUUCAUCGUGCCGUGUACGAUCUCGUCUGGCGUUAUCUUGACAGCACAAGCUGGAGGUGCUGUAGCACUGUCAGUGCUGCUCACAGUGUUUUGUAACUUGGCCGCUGUAUUCACCGUUCCUCCUCUUGUGGCCUGGAUAAUAAAUUUUGAGAAUGUUAGGCUGGAUCUAGUAACAUUUUUGAUUAAACUGUUGCUGACAGUGCUUCUUCCAUUAUUGGUUGGCAAAGGUUUGAGAUAUAUACCCCAUGUGAAGCCAUGUGUGAAGAAAUAUUCCAAUACACUGAAAGUGAUCAGCAUCAUACUAUUGACUAUGAUUCCUUGGCUAAAGGUCAGCCAAGCAAGUGCACAAAAAGCCUUCACCGGAUUCUCUGUUGGAAGUGUUUUUGCUGUUAUUGGAUGGGGCCUAGCAAUGCACCUUCUUUUUAUCAUCAUUGUCAUUUUUCCAUGUUUUCUACUGAAACUGGAAAAAUCUGCUCUUAAGUCAGUUGUGAUAAUGGCCAGUCAAAAAUCCCUGGCAGUCGCAGUAUCAAUAGCUGGUUAUCUUCCAUUUACACAAGCUGAACAAGGCUUGCUAAGCUUGCCAAUGAUUUUAAUUCACCUUGGAAUUCUUGUGGCUGAUUCAGUGUGGGCAUCUUGGUGGUUUGCAUGGGAUGCUAAGAAAGAAAAAGAGAAAGCUGACCCUGGCAACAUGGCGUUAAAUGGAGAUGAGACUACUAAUCAAACAACCAAUGAUCAUUUAUGUUGUGAUGCAAAUCAACAGUUACAUGUUUCAUCUGUUUAAUGACCAAAGUCAUAUCCCAUUUUUCCUCAAAUAAUGGCUGUGCCCUUUUAAGCACCCUCCCCAAAUUAGCACCCACCCUCUAGGCCAUAAUAUCAAACAAGCACCUCUCUUGAAUAAAUACCCCCAUCCCCCCUCCUCCCUCUUUUUCUUAGAUAAUAGGGAUACAAGGAAAACCUGUUUUUAUUGCCACUUUUUAGGAGAAUAACAAGUGCCCUCCUAAUAAGUAUCACUCUUUUUUUUUGCCUCAAAUAAGUGCCUUGGUGCUUAUUCAAGGAAACACAGUAGCUCUGAAGUAAACUAUUACCCUGAAUUGAGCUAGUUUUGUGUGGUCUUCAUUUCUAGACUUAUUUAUCUUGACGUCAGUAAAUCACUUGGUACUUGGCACAGGUGUAGUACAUGUGUCAGUGAGAAAGGGGAAGAAAUAUAUAUUGUGAUUAAUCAAACCUGUAACAAAAUUCUCGAAUGUGGUUAGCUAUCAUUAGCCCGAUUUGAGAACUAAUAGGACAGCGUACACAUCAUGCUUGUAAUUGGACAAGCAUGAUGUGUACGCUGCUUGUUUAUGUGAACAGUAUGUGUCGUGUGUGGACUGUUGUUGUGCAUUUCCUGAAAUUAUCAGUUUUUUUUUUUUUAAUGAAGACAUUUCAUCAGUCUAAUUUCUUUCUUGAAUUUUGUCAGUUUUGAUUAAUUGGUAACAGAACUUCGUGUAGUCCAGUUCUGUUGGUAAUCAUACCAGCGAUUAACAAAUCACUCGACUCAGGCCUGUUGCCGUUAUUAACCCUUUGACCCCUCAAAAGAUUGUUUAUUCUUUCUCUUGGCUGCUGCACUUUUCCUUGUUAAUUAGUUUUGAGAGUUUGUUGUUAGAUCAAGAUAAGAACUUCUACCUGGUAAGUUUGAGUAUUCUCAUUACCUGUUCAUUGGAUAAUAAAUCUCCUCUGGUAGUUAAAAGGUUAACUGUUUACACCCCAACAUCAGUAUGCUUAGUCGCAGUACUGUUCAUAUACAUACAUUUCCUAAAGUGCUGUAAGGGAUAAUUUGUUUAAAAUUCCAGUGAGUCUUUAAUUGGUGAUCACUUCCUUUUAUGUGUGAUCCAGGAGUGAUAUUUGAAGGACAAAAUUAGAUGUUAAUUAUUCUUAGGGGUUGAUUGGUUAACAAGGAGGAGUUCGACUAAACUGGGUUGUUUUUUUUUUUUUCAUAUUUAGUAAUCUGGUGGUGGGGUAUGUCUUCAAGUGUGUCUCUUGUAUGUUUAGAAAAGGAGGUCUUUAAUUAUUUAAUCAAUUGAUUAUUUAUUUUUCCAUUCAACUUUGCCUUCUCAUUUCAUCUAAGUAUGUACGAGAGUAAGAAUUCACUCUCAAAAUUAAGGCCUGGAGAAUUCUUAAUAGAGAAAAGAAGCCUGAAGCUUCUUCGCCCUAUAUCAGAACAAAUAAUUAUACGUUUGAAAAAUAAUUUAAAUACAUAAUGACCAACUUAAUUUAUUGCAGAGUCUUCCACAUAUAUGUUUGUCUAAAAGCAAGCAAUCAAUUAUGUACUUUCAAUUUCGAAAUAGCUGAACAGUCUAUUGGAAAACACCACUUUUAUGGUCUGGUUAUAUAAUUUUCUGUUCUAAUGAUAAAACACGUCAGAUCAAUUUCAUUUAUAGAGAUAAAUAAUUCCAUUCUAUUAUCAUUUUAUCAAUGUUAGUUA